GAAGGAGGAUGAGGAAGUGGCUGCUGCUGCUGCUGCUGGAGUGGAGGUGUAGAUCCUGGAACUGGACAUGUAUCCACUGGCAGUAAAGCUCCAGCAGCUGUCCGGCAGCUAAAUAUCAGCCACAUUUGACAAUGCGAUGGGUAACUGCUGGGCAGCCUGUGUGGGGCUCUUCAGGAGAGAGGUCAGCAGGAUCCAGAGAGGAGGCGGAUCCAAAUAUUUCCGAAGCAGUACCACAGGGGAACAUUAUACAAUAGAGUUUGAAAAUUUGGUGGAGAGUGAUGAGGGGGAGGGAGAGAGUCCACAGCCUUGUCUGCGGCCUAUCAGUGAAGAUGAGAUCAAACAUCUGCGAGAACAACGCUAUGCUGCGAUCUCAGACAAUCAGGUUCUGAUAGACCAGAAGAUCCAAACAGAGUUAGAGGCACAAGAGGAGAAGUUAAGGCUAGAAGAGGAGGCUAGAAAUGCCGCCCAGCGUGAGGCCGCCAGGUUGGCACGUGAGCGAAAAAUGAAGGAGCAGCUGUCUUCCCAGAGGACACGGGGGAAAGCAGAUGGCCCUGCCAGUGAAACUCGGCAAAGAAAACAAACCUCUGGGGAAGAUUUCGAUGUCUACCUCCAGAAUGUAAAAGCCCAGUCUGAGGCUUUCAGGAGCAACAGACUUCCCUCUGACACAAAUGCAGUGACUCCCAACACUGAAUACAGCUGGGAUUUUACCACCAAGACCCGCUCCACCAAUGAUGAUGGAACGUCACUGGACCUCGAGUGGGAGGAUGAGGAAGCAAAGUGGAGGAAGAUGGAGCAGAACAGAUCAUUUGGAAUCAAUCGAGCACUUCCAGCUUGGGAGAGGUCUCGAACAGAGGAGGACAUCCUACGUGCUGCCCUGAGGCCCGGUGGUAAACAGAUGAGCAGCGGCCAGGCCUCGGCCUCAGAAGACUCCAACGCUCUGGAGUGGGAGAGUGAUUUUGUGAGUACGCACCCAGAGGACAGUGAAAACACUGAAUUUGAAGGUUUUGUCAAUCCUGUCCUGGACACUCCCUCUGAGGACACCUCGGACCGGGGCCUCAGGUUGGACAACCAGGAGAGAUAGUGUCCAGCACCAAAGGAGACAUUUUGCCCUCUUCAUGUCAAAGCCCACCAGCUUUUUGCCUCAUGAAAUGGAAAUGUUUUCACUGGCUCUUCAUAUUCUGUAACAUGAGACUGAUGCUGCAGUAACGUGUUGUGGAUCUUGACACGACAGCACACUGCAGUGACAUUCAAAUACAAAAUUUUCAGUGCCUUCAUUUGCUAAAGUAGCCAACCAUGUUAUGCAUUGUAACUGAUCAGUUACAUCCAUUACCACCUGACUCAUCUUCCAGUAAGUGGUGAUGUCCAACACUCGGUGGCCAGGUGGUCAUAAAUUACAGCCAUUUUCUCUGAAAUUAAACUUAAGCUAACAGCCACACUGCUCUGUUUUAAUUUAAAAAUGCAUCAAUUGUGCUAUGACUAUACCUGCCGUCCACAAACAACCUAAAAGCUCCACAUUCCCUUCCUCAUUCUUUUUUAUCAAGCAUAAUUCUGGUAACUCUUUUAGUUUCAGUUUCACCUUGUUUUUGGUUGUUUUCUUGUUGAUAGUAUUUUCUGGAACUAAACAAACAACAUAAGUGCAUGGCCAGUUUACCUGUGUGGUCACGUGAUAUACAUUUUCCAGUGUUGGACACAACACAACAAUGGAUACAGAUUACUUCUGAUACAGAGCUUGUCCACGUGAUUUUUAUCUGAAAACCAAAUUUUUAAAUGAAAACAUAGUAAUAUGGAUGUAGCAUUUCAUUUUAAAAGCGGGUGGCUGCUGUAGGAGCCGUGUUUCACCUGCUGAAAAAAGUAGGCAUAUUUCAUGGGUUGUGUGGUCCUGCAGAAUAUUUAUUAAGGUACGCUUUUUAACUCCCAGUGGAGUAAUUUGUUCUCUGCAGUUGACUCUUCCUGACUAUCUAGCAGCAGUGGACAGCCACAGAGUGGCACCUGGGGGCUGAAUUCAAUUCUGAGGUCAGCACCUUGCUCAGUGCUACUGGAAAGACUCUCCCUGCAUGUACUGUUGUGUGGGAGGAAAUCUACAGUUGCACAAAGGAAACAUCCAUAAAGUACAGAAAAUAAAAAUUCUCUUUCUGCCCGUCUUC